AUCAAAAGAACUGUACAACACGUAACACAAUGCACAACAUUCAUUUUGUUACAAUAAAAACAGAGAUCAGUUCUUAUUAAGUUAUUGUUAAAGCUGCCACUCAAUACAACAAUUAGUAAUUGUACCUGCAAUAAUAGCACAUUUAACUGCUGUUAUUAAUCACCAGUAAUUGCUCAAAGGGAGUGUGGGCAUUGUCAUGACAACGCGGAGCUAAACAAAAGUUUAUUAGUAAAAUUUGCUAGAAGAGAAAAGAAUCGAAUUAGAGUGAAAAAUGUUUAUAUUAGAUAAAAUACUGCCGUUCAUCUUUAGCUAUAUAAGACCAUUUAUUAAGUGGUUCCUGCACGUCUUCACCCGCCUCUCCGAGCUCCAACGCAUCUGCUAUGGAGCCAGAGCUGGAGCAUCGCGAUGCCGCCAAAUCGAACGAUCUUUGUUGCAAUCCAAGCAACCGGAAAUCAAGAUUUUGUUGCACGAGCUGGACGAGGCAUCUGCCUAUGCCAGCGACAAGGAGUUGCUGUACUUUGCUCCUCGUGCCGUUCAGAUUGUAUCGCGUGUGAAACGCAUCAAAAGCAAUGUGCAUCCGGAUUUUGGGCGCCUCUUCGGCAACUGCGUCACCACCAUUUGGGGUUAUAAGCGUCUCAUGCACCAGGUCGAGGAGCUGCGCGCCGAGCAAUACGACUCCGAUAAUCUCGAUCACGAACGCAAACUAUGGGAAUUGUGGCAACUUCUCAUGCCAGACACACCGCUUACUGGUCGCAUUUCGAAGCAGUGGCAAGAGAUUGGUUUCCAGGGCGACGAUCCCAAGACAGACUUUCGUGGCAUGGGCAUCUUAGGACUCGAUAAUCUGCUGUACUUUGCCAGCGCCUACAAUGAUGCUGCGAAGCAUGUUCUGCUCCAUUCGAUGCAUCCCACGUUGGGCUAUACUUAUGCCAUUGUGGGCAUCAAUCUAACUGCCCUGGCCUUCAAUUUGUUGCGCACUGGUGCGGCAAAGACACACUUCUACAAUCAGGUCGCGUUACAUAAGCAGAACUUUAGCACAAUCGAAGAUUUCCACAAGUUGUAUUGCUAUCUGUUCUUUGAGUUUGAUCGCUUCUGGAUGGACAGUUCGCCGCGGAAUAUUAUGGACUUCCGAGAGGUUUAUCAAGCUUUUGAGAUCACCAAAUUGGAGGCUUUGCACAAUGACAACACCAUCUUCAAAACGAAUCUCGUUGUCGAAUCUGUUUGAAGGAAAAUUUGUACUUAAUAGAAUGAAACAAUCGAUAUUUUUUUUUGUAUAAAUGCAGCUUUUUAUGCGUUUAUUUGAGAGCUAUAUAAUAUAUAUAUAUGUAUUGUAUGUAUAUUUAAUAUGUAUAUAAUUUUAUUUUAAUGCAAGUUUAUAAAUCGUUAAGUAGACGCAACUGCAACCAAAAAAAAACAAAACAAUACAAAAUAAAAAACAUGGAAUGUAA